ACUCCCAAACACACCAUUGGGGACUAAAAUCCCGAUCUCAUGCUCCCCUCUUCAUUUCUUUUUCUUCCACCGACUUCAGACGUCUCUUCUUCUUCCAACUCUGGUCUUCCAAAAACUCUUUUGGUUCAAGAGUUCAAAUAAGAUUAAGAUACCCUCAAGCUCCUUAAAUCCCUUUCUCAAAUCUCUAAGCAGGGCAAGCUAGGGUUCGACCAUCUUUCCAUUUGGGUUCAACAUCGGCUGAUUUUGCUUCGACGGGUCUUUCUUCUUCUUGAUUCCUCUUCGAAUCUAGGAACCCGAGGUUCUUGAGUCGGCUUCUUCCUCCCCCUAGAUCCAAGCUUCGUUUCUUCGCCGAAUUUCAGAUUAGCCAUGUCGAUAAGGAGAUCACGCUUUCCGAGAAGCCGCUCAGCCACUCAGUCACCUGAGAGGGAGUCUCUGUCUUUCACUGGAACUAUCAUAGAGGCUCAGUCGUCAGUUGCUCAAACUCAACUCACAAUCCUUACAAUUGAGAUGACUGCUGCAGCUGUGGGGGCUAACCCUAUUGAGCAAGCCGUGAGACCAACUAACGAGGUUAGUAUGUUGACGACUGCAACAUCGGCGACAAUCCUAACAGUUCGUGAAGCCGUGCAGGCAGAACCGGGUGCAGGGUGUCAACUUGAGGGAACAUUACUCAAUUUUGGACCAUCUACUCGGCUUAAUGACAUAGUCAAGGCUCUGCUAUCUGAUGAUGACUCGGAUCAAACUCUGCUUUGCAUGGAAGUCAAUUCUCUCUUCUUCUUUGUGAACACGAUGAUUGAUAAGCUUCUCGUCAGGCGACUUUCCUUCCAUCAAUUUAGACCAGCGUUGGCCACCAAAAUAAAUGCCAUAGAGAAAGCGGGAUCUCCGAAUCUGGCGCAAGCUAUAGCUGAUGAUUUGGACCGACUGGAGCAUGACCUUUAGAGGUUACAAGAGUUGAAAACUACUGGUGCUCCCAUCAUACAUAGCCGCCCAGAUGGAAUCUCGUCUACAAAUAUGGCGUGAUACUCGAGCCUCCGCUGGACUUGAAAUUCAAACUCAACAAAGUCGGGUAGAUCAAAUGAAAGCCGCCCUUGCUAAGAAACAAAUAGCUUUGUGUCAACUUAAGUCCUCUAUUACAUCGAGCGAGGCCAGGAUAGAGCGACUUAAAGAGGAGCUCAAGGCAGAAGAGGAUGCCUUGGUUAUCUUGGAGAUGAUGAAGGUUGACCUAGAGCGUUCACAGGUUAUGAUAUCCGAGAAGUAGGAGCUCUCAUAACAGAAGCUAGCCAAGAUGGAAGAAGAGGCUAUGAAAACAUUAUCCCUCAUCGAGGGAUCCUUCAAGGUUGAACUGCAACGUGAACUUGAGCGAGCUUAUACAAAGGAAUUGGCUAAACUUGAACAGUAAGUCCGUAGUCACGAACUUCAUGUAGAUUGAUUGUAACUCUUGUAUCUGCAAACUUAGUUUUAUAUUAAUAGAAGAUAUUUUCUUUUUCGUUCACUGUCUCUUUUAUUAUGAUGUAUCAUUCUAUUUGGAAUAAUCAACCAUAAAAUUUAUAGGAUUUUUGGUAAACCCUCAGCCAUUAACAGAUUUGAUAUGCCUUUACCGACUACCGUUUGAGUCGGACUAGUAUGCGGAUUGUCUAAGUUCGUUCCGCAUACAACGUUGUUAUAAAAGAAUACAUUCUUUUAGGCUUGACGCUAUGAUAUUGAAUACAUAAGCUUUGUCUUUGUCACAGAAAUAGACUACCCGGUAAUGCGUGUUAGGUGCUGACUAAUCAUUACUUAGGAUUCAGGAUAAAAAUCUCAGAAUUGGAUUCUGGUGUCCUUUUCAAUCGGUGAAAGAUUAA